UGUCAUUGCAGUAUUAUCAUUUGACAGUUCUCAAAAAGUUGAAAAAUUUUGUGUAAAAAUUUGUUUUCAUUGUGAAAAAUAUAAAAUAUUAUUAAUUGAAAUCAUUUCAAGCAAUAAAAACAGCAAAUAAAAUGCCGGCUUAUCAUUCCACCAUUAAAGAGUUUCCCUCAAUGGUAGGUAAUAUGGCUAUAUUGCCAUUGAGAACCCAAUACCGGGGACCAGCUCCAUCACAAAUGAGUAAUGAUAACGAUAUCAUUGAUGAGUCACUUUACUACUUUAAGGCAAAUGUAUUCUUUCGCACCUAUGAAGUAAAGUCGGAGGUGGAUCGUACUUUAAUUUAUAUUACUUUAUAUAUAACGGAAUGUUUGAAGAAGCUUCAACGCUGUUCCAACAAAAAUCAAGGCCAGCAGGAAAUGUAUAGUUUAGCUAUAUCCAAAUUUGAUUUACCCGGAGAGGCUGGGUUUCCCUUAAAUGCUGUCUAUGCCAAAACACCGUCAGCACAAGACUCGGAAUUAAUGAGACAGUAUUUGCUACAAUUGCGCCAUGAAACCGGCAAUCGUGUGUUGGAGAAGGUCUUCAAUACGGAAGAUGGUAAACCCAACAAAUGGUGGAUUUGUUUUGCCAAAAAGAAGUUCAUGGAAAAAUCAUUAUCUGGACCUGGCCAAUAAAUCAAUAAUUAUCAAUCAAUUUUAAAAGAUAAGACUUCCAUUUAUAAAAAGGGCAUUAUAUACCUACACAAACGGCACUUGCUGUUAUUGUUUAA